CGUUCUCACCUCUAACCCUUUCAGAAAUCAGAACCAGAGAAACUAGUACACGCAUACUCUCUCUCUCUCUCUCUCUCUGUGCAACGUAGUCUUCAAAUUUGGGAUAAAAGACCCCCAACUGUUUGUUGAAAAAGCCAAUGACCCUUUGUAUUUGGUAUCCAGAAAAUAAUAGAAAUUUUCUGAGGUAAGUACUUCAUCUUUAUCUCUUUAAAUCCAACACCGUGAGACGCAAGCCUUGCACACUUUUAGCAGGAACCAAAUAGCUGGUGAAAGUUUGAAGCAAAUAUCAAAACUGGGUCCUCGAGAUUUUGAAUUCUUGAUGGACCUGCAAUUGGCGAUAAAGGGUGUCGAUUUUGCCCGGAAAAGGAAGAAGUGGCUCGUUGUAGCGGCCGCUUUAGGUUUCUCCGGUUAUGGUGUGCAUAGGAUAUAUCACUUGCCUUCAGUAGCUCAGAAGAGAAAGAGAAUUUUAAAGCUUUUAGGGGCAUUAGUUUCUGUAGCUGAAGUAGUUUCUGACUCUGCAGAGUCAAUUGGAGUUGUGUCUAAGGAUUUGAAGGACUUUCUGAAGUCUGAUUCUGAUAAAAUUCCAAACAGUUUAAAGCAAUUAUCGAAAAUCGCUAGGUGUGAUGAGUUUUCGGAGUCUGUUGUUACGGUCACACAGGCUGUAACUUUGGGGGUAUUGCGGGGUUAUGGAUUAAAAACAACGAGUGAUGGCGAUGGUGGAGAUUCAAGCUUUACAGACCAAGUUAUGGAUAAGCUUUUUACCAAGGCCGGGUCGGGUUUUGCUUCUGUCGUUGUUGGAAGCUUUGCUAGGAAUUUGGUAUUAGCUUUCUUUUCAGAUGGGAAGUCUGGUGGAGGAUCUAACUCAAACAAUUCGUCGAGUAUGGACGAUUAUGUGUCGGAAAUGAAUGAUGUUCCGAGAUGGGUGGAUGUGGUUUCGAGCCAGAAGUUCAGAGAUUUGAUUGGUGAUUGUAUCCAGUUAUUUGUAAGCACAGCUGUUGCGGUUUAUCUUGACAAGACUAUGAGUAUCAACACCUAUGAUGACAUAUUUUCUGGGUUAACCAACCCGAAGCAUGAAACAAAAGUGAGAGACAUGUUGUCGUCUGUCUGCAAUGGCGCGGUGGAAGCUCUUAUCAGAACAUCUCACCAAGUAUUAACAGAUUCAACUUCAAAUGCGAACCCUUCGAAAUCAAAUUCGAGUUCCUAUUUGGCAAUCGAUGAAGGCUCAACUCCAGCUAGACACGAGGUCUUGAGGCAACAGGCAUUAUCGAUGCGUUCAAAGGCAAGAAAUGUGGACGAUGAGAGGAACAAUAGCGGUUGGGUUGGUAAAGUGUCCAAUACUUUGGCCGUGCCAAGCAACCGGAGGUUUGUUCUUGAUGUCACCGGGAGGGUUACAUCUGAAACAAUCAGAUCAUUCUUGGAGUUUUUGUUGGACAGACUAAACAAUGGGAUGAAAAAAUGCGUUAAUUCUGUUCGUGAGGAAACCGUGGAAAGGGGUCUUGAGGUAGUGAGAUAUGCUGCUGCAAAAUCCUCUGUUAUUGCUACUAUAUCUCUGUCUUUGUGUUUGCACAUACUUGACAGUCCAUGGGCAUUGGUUCCAUCUUAGCUUGUUAUGAAUGUUCUCAUUUGGAAACUGCUUGCAUAUAUUCCGUGUAAGGCCGUAAAUUUCAUUUGGAUUGAUUCGAUUGAAGAACUGAUUAGAAUCUGCUGCUUACGACGGAGGAGAAUUUAUGUUUGGGUGGAUUCAAAUUUGAUGGCAUGCUGCGCUGCACCGGUCAAUGUUAGUGAGAUCAAAAGUUUCAGAAUUUGCAAAAGAAAGAAACUUCAUUGUUGUUUAGAUGAAUUAUAAACAGUAUACUUACUUAUAGAACAUAAUAAUUUUAUGUUAUAUGAUUGCUGCUA